AGUUUACCAAUGCAGUGAAGAGUGUCAAAAGAAUCAUUGGAAAGCUGAACACAAAAUGAAUUGUGUCGAUAUCAUCAAUGUCUGAAAUGUUUUUCGGUAAAAACACGUUGCACGAACACAACCCAAUUCGAACCAGUAGACUUAAAACAAUUGAAAUGAAAGAAAAGUUAUUAAAAAACAUCUUUUUAAUCAUUACUCUUGGUAUUCCAAACUUCCAUAAGGAAUAUCAACAUGUACAUCCUCAGGAGAAAGAGCAUAUUGGCAUAUUAGAAGACGCAUUCAUUCACCAGAAGUUAUUUGGUUUACGAGAACUUGAAUUGGAUAAUUUCCAAUGGGACAAACGUCAGGCACCGAACAAUCAGUCGACCCUUCUCGCCGAAAUCUCGCAAUUGAAUUAGGACUAUUGAGCACAACCUUUCAAGAAAUAAACAACAUAGCGCCUACACCCAUGCUGCAUAGUCACUAUCGAGUUAUCAUACUCAAGCCGAGCAUUGUCAGAUGCAGAAUCUCGUUAUAGCCAAUUAGAAAAGGUAUGUUUAGCAAUUGUCCAUGGAUGUGAAAAGUUUUCCUUGUAUGUACUCGGCUCAGUCUUUAGAAUUCUACAAACCAUUGGUAUUAUUACUCAGCAAUCCUAAGUCAACUUUACCUUUACGUAUAAAACGAUGGUGUUUACGUCUGCAAGGAUUUAACUGCAAUAUUCGUCACAUUAAUGGCUCUUUCAACCCGGCAGACUAUUAUUCCUGACGCACCGUUCCUGACAAUCAUACAAACUCUACUAAAAUCAGCGAAGAAUACGUAAAUUUUACAAAAAAGCAUGCAGAACGGAUAGCCAUUACCUUAGACGAGAUAAAAUUGCACACGAAAAAUGGCCCGACCCUGCAAUGUCUGAAAGAACUAAUUCGCUCUACUAAAUGGUAUUCAAUAAAUACGAUAUCGACCAAAUAUCCCAACUGUAACGGUAACGAGCUUCACCUUUAUAACAAAAUACGCAACGAGUUCGCUUGCAACAACGACGAAUCCUUUAUACUUAGAGGAAAUCCGAUUGUAGCAUCGACCAGUUUACGCCACAGAAUGCUUAAACUAGCUCAAGAAACACACCUUUAAAUGACACAAACGAAGUCCAUAUUGCGUGAUAAAAUUUAUUUUCCGGAUAUUACCCAACAAGUCGAAACACUCUGCAAGAACUGUUCACUGUGUAUUGCGAACUCAAGAAUGAACACACCGCCACCACUAAAACCAUCUGCCCUGCCACCAUCGCCAUGGCACACAUUAAACAUAGACCGUUACCAAAUCGCUUGCAUUUACUGGUAGAAAUAGACCAACGUACACGCUUUCCCGAAGUAGAGACCAGCUGCUGUACCGACUUUGGGAGCUCUACGUAAAAUUUUUGCAGCGCAUGGACUCCCUCAUAAAAUCAUUUUUGACAACGGUACAUUCCACAGCAAAGAAACGCUACAUGCUAAAGAAACGCUAAAGGAAUAGAUCAUCACAAAAUCACACCGUUACAUCCGAAAGCAAAUUCAACUGCCGAGAAUUUCAUGCGCAACUUUAACAAAGCUCUACAAAUUGCUACAAUAGAAAGGAAAGUCUGGAAAAUUUCACUGUUUAAUUUCCUGUUAAAUUAUCGCAUAUCGACGCAUUCAACAAUCGGAGUAAGUUCAGCUGAAGCGCUAAUUCAACGACAAGUUAGAUGGAAAUUGCCCAGUCUUAACAACCUACCGAACAGGGACGCCAUCAAGGAAGCACCACACCGAGAUGCACAACAAAAACUUAAAAUGAAAACGUAUGUUGACGCCCGUUUCCAUGCUCGGCAAACAGCUAUAAACAAAGGCGACCACGUGCUGGUAAAACAACCGAAACGCAACAAGCUUUCAAGCCUUUUUGAUCCAAAAACAUACUGUAUCACAGGAAUUCAAAGUACAAAAUUGACGGCAAGCCAACCGGGACACACUAUCACACGCAAAGUUCGACACUUUAAGUUCUUAUCCAAGCUUAAAGCAACCAACUUUGACCAAGAGGGGGAGCAGGAGGACGAUAGUGACACUCCAGGAGAAUACGAAACUACCACCAGACCUACUGAGUUAUAUGUACGAAAACAUCCUCGAAGAAUUAGAAGAAGACCAGAAAACUUUUAUGAAAAUGUAUAUACCCGAACAACAGUAACGGAUUCAUCGUAAAUUUAUAUAAAAAAAGACAAUGUGCGAACUUGUUAUGUUUAGUAAAGUGACAAUGGACACAUUGAGCUAAAGAGGGGGAAAAUGUUGUGUUUGACGUUAUUGAGACACUAAUUUCAGAUGAAAAUAUAUAGAGUAGUGUACUGAUGUGUUUUUCCUGCUUUUAAAUACAACAAAAUAUACCAUAUUUCGGGCCUUUCCAAUUUGCGGCGCAUCUUGUUCUAUAAUGCGGAUAACCAAUCUGCCUACACAUCCACACAAUUCGUUUUGUCUAACUUUCCAAUGUUUCUCCUUACUCUCACGACCACCCUAGCUAAGGUAAUACUCCUGCAUCCCACUGGCUACAGAAGAGUUCCCUAUUAGUUCUGUUGUUAACCCAUUUAUAAACAAAACAGAAAAACAGACAAUUUGUUAAAUUGUUUAAGUCAGGGUGAACCCAGGGCUAUGGUGACAUUUACCCGCUCAUAUUAAAUCCCCCUCAAGGGUAAUCUAGUCCCAGUGUGAGCACCAGCGUCACAAAGCAGACGUGUUAGAGAGCUUCAGUAGUGCAAGUUCACCCAACGUACGCAUACAAAAAGUACCAGCUUCGGAAGCAUUUACAAAGUGAAGGUUUUUUGCCAACUCUGUGGCUGAAAGGGUGCCUUUGUCUUAGUAUAUUGGAAAUAAGGUUUUUGUAGCUUGAAAACUAAACAGAUGCACCUGAACUAAAGCCUAAAAAUAUAUAAUAGAAAGAAGUAAGAAAAAGUGGAAAAAGUGUUGAAAUACAAGGUGGUCAUUUGUUUACACAGCGAAAAAACUACACAUGUCUCAUUUUAAUGAACUAGUAUUUUUAUACACUUUGGUACAAGAUGUGUAUUUAAUGUGAAAAUUCCUCUCCCAAUGUCGCGAAUAUUGGCCAGCUUUUUUCACAUGAAUACAUGCCUAGCCUAGUCUAGGUCUAGUCUGAUCUAUGUCAUUUUUCAGUGCUCUAGUUGUUCUUAGUGCUGUCAUUGUAAAAAAAACAUCACGUCUAACAGAUUUUGCACCAAGUUAGGUCAAAACUUUUUAUAUUCUACAUCAGUUAUCCAAU